GUUCUACAAUUCAAAAAUUAUUAUGCUUGUGUCCCCAAUUCAGCUUCCUAACUUGCUCUUCUAUGGUCCACCUGGAACAGGGAAGACCUCGACCAUAUUAGCUGCUGCAAGAGAACUUUAUGGUCCUGAACUAUACAAGCAGAGGGUGCUUGAGCUCAAUGCCUCAGAUGAAAGGGGCAUUCAGGUUAUCAGAGAAAAGGUCAAAAACUUCGCUCAGCUCACUGUAGGAGGGACUCGGCCAGAUGGGAAGCCAUGUCCUCCUUUUAAGAUCAUCAUCCUAGAUGAAGCUGACUCCAUGACUGCACCCGCUCAGGCUGCACUCAGGAGGACAAUGGAGAAGGAGUCCCGCACUACACGUUUCUGUCUUAUUUGUAACUACAUCAGCAGGAUCAUUGAGCCCUUGGCUUCCAGAUGUUCCAAGUUUCGUUUUAAACCACUUGCUGACCAGGCCCAAGAAGACCGUUUAUUAGAGAUCUGUGGAAAGGAGAAAAUCAAGUACACAAAAGAGAGUAUAUUAGCACUAGUGAAGGUGUCAGAGGGAGAUCUGCGGAAAGCCAUCACGUUCCUCCAAAGUGCUGCCCACCUCAAUGUCAACAGUGAGAUCACAGAACUUGCUGUCAUCGAAAUUGCGGGGGUUGUUCCCACCAAGAUGAUCAAUGACUUGCUACAGGUCUGCUUUAAAGGAAGUUUUGAGAAACUCGAGUAUGCAGUCAGGAGAAUGGUGGAUGAAGGCUAUUCUGCCACACAGAUCCUGAGCCAACUUCAUGAUGAUGUCAUUGAGCAGGACUUAAGUGACGACCUCAAGUCUCUCAUUGCUGAAAAAAUGGGGGUAGGAAACCCAAUGGACUGAAAGGGCCGCUGUCAUGAAAUGUGGUGGACAAAUGCUUGUCCGAUGGUGCAGAUGAAUACUUGCAGCUGCUGAGUCUGUGUUCAGCCAUCCUGUCGGAAGCACCCAAAAGCAACUGAGAGUUUAACACGACCAAGUUGAAUCUUGGAAAAUUCAUACAGCAAGACCAAGCCUGUGCUGAAUCCCAUUCAGCUAUUUAGAAGACUGGGUUGAUAGCAUUCCACGCGUACAGGGAUGUUUGUAUAAUUUUAAAAUAAUAAUCCUCCCAUUAAGUCAAUCUCAAAUUGUAGAAUUAGCAUUUAUUUUAUCACGAUUCUUUAUUAACUUGAUGACUUGACCAAAAUGUUCCAUGUGUUACUUUGUUUGUCCAAGUAGUCGUUGUAGCAGACGUUUGUUUAUAUAGUGGAAUCCAAGAUUUAUGAUUUGAAAAAUAAAAAAUAAAGGGAAUAGAAAUAGUUAAUUCAAGGGUCAAACUGUCACCAUCUUCAAAGUAAUAACUGUACUGGUAUUGUUUUAAAGUACAUGCUUAAUUCUUCUUCUUUUGGCUUGUCCCAUAAGGGCUCGCCACAAUGUGUCAUCUUUUUCCAUCUAAGCCCAUCUCGUGCAUCCUCUUCUCUAACACCCACUGUCCUCAUGUCCUCCCUCACAACAUCCAUCAACCUUUUCAUUGGUGUUCCUUUCAUUCUUUUGCCUGGCAGCUCCAUCCUCAGUACCCUUCUACCAAUAUACUCACUCUCUCAUGUCCAAACCAACUAAGUCUGUAUAUAAAUAAUUUCUGAAAUCUUGUACGUUUAACGAGGUAACAGAAUCAGUUACCACCAAAAACAUCGGUUAGUUAAAACAAUUGCUGCACCAGGUCUGAUCAGCUGUAGGGGUUCACUUCAGUACAUUUCUUGUAGAAAGAAAAUAAUGUAGCCUACGUCCAAAAUAUGGCAGCUGUACAACUUCCAACCAUACUACAAGCUUACAAACAGCAAAAUUCAAAACACUUUACCUGUUACGAAAUGAUCUGAGCAAACUUUGUGUCUCUUUGUUGGAUCGGGAUUAAAUCCAUCCCGCUCGAUUCUUGACAACCAUAGCUUCCAUAGCAUACCAUAGUUAGUCAUUCUGUCGUCAGCCACACAGUUUUACUUCCCUGGUUGUCAAUGACCUUUGGAAUAUCAAAAUAUUUCCUCUUUGUUUGCCCAGAUUUAGCACGGUUAGUACAGCCUCAAACUAUGCAUGUGUGGCCCAUAUUACCGGAUAAAAGGGGCUUGCUUUGUUGACAAACGCUUCACUUGCUUCUGACACACAAGAUGGCGGACAAGGGAAUCCUUGGACUGUGGUGACAUCAUCGGAAAUCUAUGUAUUCAGUGAACUUGAGAACAAAUUUGGCUUUUUUUGCUCACCAUUUACAGUGAGACCUCUGAUAUCCCAUCUAACGUUCAACUCGAGAUUAUUGACUUGCAGUACGAUUCCGCUAUGAAGGAUGAAUUUGGGUCCAUGGGAUUGGAAACAUUUUAUCAAUAUCUUGUGCCAAAUUACCCCAAAUUAACAGCCAUAGAUGCAAAGGUUCUAUCCAUGUUUAGGACUACUUAUCUUUGUCAACAUUGUAAAGAUGCCAAGUUUCAGGAGCCAGCAGCAAGUAGAAUGCAGGAGUGCAGUGAGAGAGAGAAUUUUUUUUUGAUGACACGAAAGUUGUUUUCACUUGUGAAUUAAAAUGAGAUUAAUCUAGUUUAAUUAACAAACAAUAUUGUUCAGUAUAUUCUCAGCUUCAGUAGGCUCAGCCCAGUAGCUUGAUCAGAUCUUGUCUAAUCUUAUUACCCAUACACUGCUUUAGCUUUAUUUUAUGUUUGUUUGUUUUUUUAUUUAUUUCAAAGCAGUAUGACAAUCAAGGAGAAAAAUAUUUUUUCAUAACUCCCACUUGAGUUCGUGUAGUGUAGUGAGUUGGUUCAGGUGUAAAAUGGCAUUCACUCAACUUUUAAAAUAAACCAGUUGUGAAUACAUUCACCGGCAAACAUGAGACAUGAAUAAAUGUCCGCAGAAAAGAUCCCUUGUCAUCCGUGAUUAGAAUAUGUAGGUAGGCUACAAAUGUAGGCUGAAUGAUAAAUCAUAGUACUGAAAAACAAAGCUAAAUAUUUGGAAUUGACAUUCUUUUACUGAUCUGGCCCACCUGAGAACAGAAAGUCUGGAUCCGGCCCCAGAGCCAAACUGAUUUUGACAUGCCGAGUGAGAAUACUUUCUCAAGUGCUGACUGCACCUCAGGACAUACCUCUCCCCCCUGAUGAGGAAGACGUUUUUCCAAUGAUACAAUUGGCCAACUCAGAUACACAAGACAGUGCCAACCUGACUAUUUUAGUCUGUAGGAUUUGGACAAUGGAGGAUGUCAAAUAUUCUUAACAUUUUCUAAAGGUGUAAAAAUGUGUGGAAUAAAUAUUAGAUGUCUACAUUUGUGCCAACAAACAUUUGUGUCAUAGCCUGCAACUCUUGCUUCUUAGAGCUCGGCCUGGCGGGUGCCUGUCUCAAAUAAACCGGUGCUUGUAUGAUGGGCCAUGGAUUGCAAAGGGAAAAAUGAGACCUGAGAACAGGGGAUUCAACAGUUCUUGAAUGGAAUCAGUCGUUUUCACUGCCAACGCAGAAGGUUUGCCUCCACGUCUGCUUUGUAAAUGAGUAGUCCAGUUGUAAAAAGAAUAAUGUGGAAAGAUAUUUCUAGGGAAGGCAUACUAUAUGUGCAGCAGAGUUGAGAGUGAAAACGUAACUUGCCAGAAAGCCAAGCAUGCCCAAAGCCAAAAGUAGAGCAAAAUUGAAAGUCUUGUAUUACCCCAUAAACUUGUUUGAAAAUAUGAAAUGCUCUUCCUAACAGUUGCUGGAACACAAAAAAAAUAUGCAUUUGAAAUAUUAGCCAUCUUGGAUCAAUAUACCUGUGCAAGCAGAUAUUCUAAAAUAAACACCAUUAAAUCCAAAUACUGUACCACAAUCACCUCAGAUAAGAGCUUGCAGUCAUGUGUCAAGAAUAAAGUUAAUAUUUUCCAGGCCCGAGUUUGAGAAGCUGUCAAGUGAUGUCCGAAAACAGAAGUGAUAUUCAAUGGGUAAGAAUACAAUUCGGUCAUAGGUACAUAUUUAGCACAAAGUGUCUGUUUAUUAGGUGGCUUCUUUUUUUGUCAGUAUAUAUUUGGAAUGAUAUCAAAGGAUAUUGUUUUGUUGCUCAGGGCUGAGGAUGGCUGCGUCGCAGCGUGCGUGACAAAAGAGAUGAUGCUGCAUUUUACCUUGCACUCACCAUUUGCUGAAAACUAAAGAAAAUGCACAGUAACUAAACUUAAACUUUUAUUUUAUAUACUUUACUUUUUCAAUAGGCUGGUGUUUUAUUUUUAUAAUUGCAGGCUGAAUUUUAUUCCCAUGCGGAGGUCCGUAAUUACUGGAGGCAUGGUCAAAUUUCUUUCUUAAAUAAUAAUGACAAAAAAAUAUUUUAUACAAUUUUAUCAAUGCAACAAAACAACUCAUCAAUAAUGGAAGUUAAACUUAAAACACCUUCGUACCGCUGAGUUGUCACAUAGUUUGUCAUUCUCUUUAAGAAGUGCUGCUGGAAAAAUGAACAAUGAAUGGUAAAUGUACAUUACAUAAUUUGGAUCGUGGGCUGAUAUAGACAUGUAGCAUGAGUUGCUCCAGACACAUUUUUUUUGUUGUAUUUUUGGCCCAAUAUGGCUCUUUUGACAUUUUGGGUUGCCAACUCCUGGUUUAAACUAAAGAGAACAGUGAAUCCUACAACAUGGUUGGCCAUCACACGCAGAGUGAUUACCCCCCCACCCCCCACUUUCUUUCCCUACAACUCCUCUUUCCUAAACCAAGGUUCAACUUUCUUCCUUUGUUGUACACUGUUUGUCUUGUCUAUUGUUGUAGAUUACAGUUAUAUCCUUUUAAAACGACACCAUAAAAUUCACUAUGUGAAUCCUUGUUUUUUAGAUUUGAGUAAGGAUGGACAAGCCGCUGUAAACGUAAAUUGAUUUAUUGUAGCAAACCAAGAUUCAUGAGAAUCAUCAUCAGCAAUUUAAAAAAAAAAAGGUUUCUCAUCAUCCUUCCUAAAAAUAAGUGACAUGCUGCACCAUAAAUUAAAAAUUAUGAGUUACCUAAUCUAGUUACCUAAUCUAAAAGUCAAACCGGCAGCGACGCAGUGUGUUCCUCCUGGCAACUUCAUCCAUUCCAAAUUAAUUAAUUUUACUUGAUAUGGUAAUCACUACACUUGUUUUAAGUAAUACCAUCCAAUACAACACUAUUUCAUGUCCUAUGUGCCAUUAUUUAUUUUUCUUCUAUUUUAUGCUUGUAACACUUACUGUGCUUGUAACACUGUCUAUUUGAAAAGGUGUGGCACAUUUUGAAGGGGAAAAACACGACAGACCCUGAACUGCUGAAGAAGCAAGAAUGGGAAAGAUGUCAAGUUCAUGGUGAUGUAAUAGUGGUAAACAUGUCAUAGAUUUUUU